CUCCCGUGAGACUCUGAUUGAAACAGAUUGUAGCGCUCCCCGGGUCGCAAUGGCAACUGUCCGUAUAAGACGUCGGCAGCAAGUUUUGUUGUAUAUGUAAUGUUGUUGAGACAUUAUAAGUCGCCGAAGAAACUACUUUCUAAUGUAAGAAACAACGUAACACAAUUUCUACAAUUCGAAAAUGUCACAGGGAUGUACAGUUUCUGUGGAAGAGAUCCAGUCUUGGUGGGAAGUCCCCGCCAUAGCCCACUUCUGCUCGCUGUUCAGGACGGCAUUCAACCUUCCAGACUUUGAAAUAGAGGAGCUGGAGAAAGCCCUGUCAGAGCAGGACUUGGACUUCCUUGGGGACCUCGUUGCCUGUCUGUUGCAGGGAUGCUACCAGCGCACUGACAUCACCCCUCAGGCAUUUAGCAAUUACCUGGAUGACAUUAUCAGCUACCGGUGGGAAUUGGAAGAGGGGAAGCCCAACCCACUGAGAGAAGACUCUUUCGAGAAUCUCCCUCCUCGUACUCAGGUGGAGCUGCUGCACCGGCUUUGCGACUACCGUCUGGAUGCUGCUGAUGUUUUUGAACUGCUUAAGGGGCUGGAUGCAGACAGCCUGAGGGUGGAACCACUGGGGCAAGAUGGAAAUGGAGCCCUCUACUGGUAUUUUUAUGGUACUCGUAUGUACAAAGAAGAGCCAGUCAAGAGGAAAGCAGAAAAGAUCAGCAGUGAAACCCCUGAAUUAACAUUACCAGAGAAAAAGAAAAGGGGGAGACCGCCAAAGAAGAGAAAGCUGGAAGAACCUCAGCUAAGUGAGGUGGAAAGUGAAGUGUCAGAAGUGAAGACAGAUAAUGGGCUGGAAGAUCCUCCACCUAUCACAGAAUCAGAAAGCCAGUGUCGCUUCUCUUUGCCUCAACCAGGCCGUAAGCGUGGCGCUUGGUCCCUUGUGUGUGAUACAGAGGAGCAGUGGGUCAGACUGGCAGAAAGCAUCAAAGACAAAGCCUCCCCACAGGACCGCCACCUCUACCGUGUCAUCAGCCAGAACUUCCUGCCUGAGAUCAGCAGCAUGAUUGAGCACAAGGUCAAACACCAUAGAGACAAUGCUGAGCGGGAGCAGAAACAGAAGCUACUGGAUCCAGCCCCAGUACGCACAUCACAACGAUUCUCUGAAAAGCACAUUAACCAAGAGGAUGAGGACAAUCUGAAGGCUGUGGCAGAGGAGGAGAAGAAGAAAGAUGAAGAGCUGGACAGGCAGGUCUUACUGGCUGAGCAGCGUCGAGAAGAGGAAAGGCUUCUUCAGGAAGAACGACAGAGAGAGAAGCUGGAGAAGAUCAAGGCUGUGGAGGAACGAGCAAAGAGGCGGAAGAUGCGAGAGGAAAGGGCCCGGUUGCUGUCUCAAGGAAAAGACCUGCCGCCUGAACUCCUGAAUCUGGAACCUUCUUCCCCUGUCCACAAAACACGCAAGAAUAAAGAAUUCUAUGAAAUUGAUGAGGACUACACAGCUCUAUACAAAGUGCUUGAGGCCCUGAAAGCCCAUAAAGAUGCUUGGCCUUUUUUGGAGCCUGUGGAUGACUCCUAUGCCCCCAAUUAUCAUGAGAUCAUCCAGACUCCCAUGGACCUGUCCACCAUUGAGAAGAAGCUCAACAAUGGGGAGUACGUUGCUAAGGAGGAGUUUGUUGCUGAUGUGAAGCUCAUGUUUGAAAACUGCGUUGAGUACAAUGGAGAAGACAGUGAGUACACUAUAAUGGCGGAGUCUCUAGAACGCUGUUUUAGCCGGGCCCUACUAAAACAUUUUCCAUCAGAAGAUGGUGACACAGAUGAGGAAUUCCACAUCAACAGAGAGGACAAGGAGCGCAAGGACAGAAAGCGCAAUCGUGGUAGUAAACAUUUGGGACCUGAAAGUCUGAUCAAGGCCACUGAGCAAGUACAACGCAAGCGAAACUCCCAGGGGGGCAAGGGGAGCACACCCUCAGAGGAAGAGGACAACCUGACACGACCGCCUCCACCCCCUCAUUGGGCCAAUGGUCCCCCUCACCACCAUAGCCUGCCUCUAAACCAACACAUCUGUGAAGGAGACUUGAGGGGCAUGUACCAUCCAGGACAACAGCUUUGUCGUGUACCCGGUCCCCCUGGUGCGCAUGGUCCCCACAUGUAUGCCCAGCGAAUGGCUAUGGAUCCACGCUUCAACUACCCAGCUCACGUUCACAGGCAUGGAGACCCUAACUUGAACCACUUACCCUACAAUUUUAAUGUGCAGCAUCGCUUGGUUGAAGGACAUCACAUGGGUCCCAUUUAUCCAAUGGGCCCAGAUUCUAACCAACAGCAGCCUCCACACCAGCAGCAGCACCCCUAUGUGGGUCCAGCUCAUGGCCCAUCGCUGGGCCCACGUCCUGUAGCCAUCCAGCCUGGACCUCCUCCUGAAGCCAGCAUGUACCCAUCUCACCACCGUUCAGAGGGUCGCACCAUGCACCCCAUGGGCAACAGAUUUUCAGUGCCAGAAGGACCACCUCAGCACAACAGCCCAGGCAUGAGGGCUCCUGGUAUGGCCCUAUCCAGUAUGUGGAAUGGUUUGAAUCACCAGGAGAGACCAAAUGGGAUGCGCGUUCAAGAUCCCAACAUGGUGAACCAGCGCAGCUUUAGUUAUGGUGGAGUACCACCUCCAGUGGGGCCUAAGCCAUGGCCAGAAGCUGUUGGAUACCCCCACCCUCCUCCCAAUGCCCAAUAUCAAAUGUCUACAGCGGUCAGCCCCCCAGGGCCCAUGUCCUCACAUCCCCUUGUUCCCCACCCAGACUCCUCUGGCAGGACAUGCUUAGCUUCCAUGCUGGAAAGCCCAGAGAUGCUGGCCCUGCAGCAGCUGUCAGCCUCUUCUGGACCCCCUGAUGGUGCCCCUCAUCACCACAUGGGCAACUUUCAGCAGCUUGGGUCUCCACCAGGAAUUGGCAGCAUCCCAGCUCACCCCUCUCAGCAACCUCCCCCUGCCCCUGAGGUUCAGCUGCUGCGUCCUGCUAGAGACAAUGAGCCAGACAGCCGGCCUUCCCAACAGACAGACAUGCAGCCCAAAGGCAAAUCAGACAACAAAAUGGCUGCUAGCAACAUUUCUGAUGAAGCUUCAUCACACAAACACACUGUGUCAAUUAACCAAGGGGACCCCUCCAUCCCUAGCUCUACAGGACACCACAGUGGGUCAGCAGAGGGAAUGCAGAGCCCCCCAGUCCCUAACUUGGGCAGCUCACAGGAGAAUCCGUCUGAACAAGGGCUCCCACUGAGUUCAACAGAGAGCCACAAGCAGGAGGUAGAUGGUCAGAGACAAUGUGCCAGCCACUGUCCACCUCAAUACAAUAGUGCCACUACUGUUUCAUCCCAUCUCAACACAAGUAACAACAGCUCCACUGAUCUAAUUCAACCCAACCCCCCUCAUCAUACACAGAACAGCCCACAGCAAAAAGCUCUCAGCCCCACACCUCCUCCCCAGAAUGUACUGCCACUGCAUGUAGCAGCAUCUCAGCAUAUAUCAGAGAACAACUUAUCACACAUGCAAAAUGCACAUCAGCAAAGUGAACUCCAGCAGAACAUCCAGAAACAACAGCAGCAGGAGCCUCAGGCAACCAAGUGUACCCCUCCUCAGUGCCACCCUCAGAGCCCUACCCAGCCCAUGGUCCAGAGCACACAGCAACAAAAUUCUCUCCUACCUUCUCAUCAUGUCCCCCAGAACGUCUCUCCACAACAUCCUACACAUAACAGCCCCCUGCAUGAGAUGCCACAUAAUGCCACACGACCAGCCCAGCCUGGAACCCCUCAGCCAGUCCCUCUCACAUCUUUGCCACCCAGUCAUCCUACCCAACAAUUACCCUCCCAGCCUAGCCCAACAGGCCAUGGAGAUCAACGACCUAGUGAGUCUACAGGUAGACUGGGCACAGAAGGCAUGGCUGUUCCUCCACAGCACACCACGAUGAAAUCUGGCCCACCAAACGGCAUUUAUAAACACCAGGAUUUUAGCCCCAAUCACCAUCAAACGCAGUCCGUGGGUAGUAACCUGGGUAUGCAGGCUCACAAUCCAGCCAUGCCUCCUCACUCCCAGGGCCAGGUAAAUGGAGCCAUGGGUCCAUACAGCAUGGGGAACCCUCUGCAUCCACACUACAACCAGACAAACAUGACCAGGACCAUGCCUCCCUCUGCUCACCACCCUUACCACAACCAAGGCAUUAACCCCCUCCACAGUCCUGCUCACCACCCCACCUACCACCAACAGGGAGGGACUGCCUACACAUACCACAUGCCAGGCCAACAGCACCCUCAGGCUCAUCCCAACAUGUAUCCACCUCAUCAGUACGAACAGCAACACUACUACCCCCAGCCCCAUCUCCAAGCUCCGGCUCAUAACCAAGCCAACAGUAGAGGGGGCUAUCCUCCAGAGGAGUGGCAUCGGUCUCAUUAUCAGCCUCGCCAGCUGAUGCCGCCCACUGCCUACCUACCUGUAGUCAGUGCCAGAGGCAACGUUCACUCGAAAGAGACCAUCAUGUCACCACUGGGCUCUGAGGGCUCCAGUGGUGCUAGUUUAGUGUCCCCUGGCCCUGUGUCUGAAGCAGGACCACACCCUGGGGGCCGAGAGGAACUAAAUUGUGAAAUCAGGGAGCGGGUCAGCACAGGCAGCAGCGGUGGCAGUCCAGCAAAGCAGGCUCAUAGUGAGAGCUCAGAGCAACCUGAAAGCCCUAAAGAAAUCCUGGAUCUUGACAGCCAUAAUGCUGCUGCCCACCGCCGUAGCAGCCAGAUACCUCAGCAGCAACACCCUCCUGCCUCUACACACUUGGCAUCCGGCUUCAUGUAUGACCCUUGUGCCAUGCACCCUGGGAUGCAACAAGGCGGCGUUCCUCCACCACACAUGAUGUCUCAGGCUGGAGGAGUUAGAAACAGAACUCCUUACCCUGGCCAUCCAUACCCAGAUCCAGGACACUAUGCUGCCCAGAGACCUCACCCACACCUAAUGGAGGCUCUGCAGCGGCCCCAGCAGCUGCCCUACUCCCUGGGUCAGACACGCAUGGCCAUGUACCGACACCCCCGCCCUGCAGGGCACUUUCAAGGCAUGAUGAUUCAGCAGAGAGACCUGCCACCAGAACACUUCCUACAUCCAGGGCAACAGAUGAUGGCUGCACCAAGAGGCCCUAGCAGUAAACAAGGAGUGUGAUGAGCACCAUUUGAUCAAGACAUGUUAUCAUCA